GUUACUGUGCUGAGGCAGUGCGGAAGUAGCUUUCCAAACAUUUCCUAAACAUUACUGAGCAGAGGACAGAGCUGGUCACUAUGUGCUAGGAAAAAGUGGAAAAUCUUCUUACAAUCAAGCUGCAGCAUUCGGUCCUCUUUCGUUUGGUGCCUUGGGCUCGGGGGAGAUGGUGCCGGCUGUGUCCGCAGACAGCAGCUCCACCAGCUCCACCAGCUUCACUCCUCUGGUGGUGCUGGAGCUCGCCUCCGACACCAAGCAGGAGGCCAUCGCCUGGCUGCUGAGCAGGAUCAGAGACCCUCAGCAGAAUGGAGGCGCUGAGCUGCUGGUGGAGCAGCUGGGCCUCGGAGACGGGGGUUCGGAGAAGGAGAACCCCAACCUGUUCCUGGUGGGGGCCAAGUGGCAGAGGCUGCUCUCUGGGGCGGAGGAGGUGGGCCUCUUCAAGGAGUUCAGUGAUGGAUCCAUGAGAGGCUUCACCUGCGCCAACAAACACAACUUCAAACACUUCGAAGGGGACGGGGACUCCUUCCUCAGUAUGGCUGAGUGUCAGUACAUCAUCAAACAUGAGCUGGACACACUCCGGGCCAAAGAUGAGACUCAUGUCCCAGGACACCCCCAGGCCAAGCUGUACCCUGGGAAAUCUAUCAUUCGCAGACUGCAGUCCAAGGGGGUCCUGAUCCAAGUGUUUCCACUCCACGAGAAAGAGGAACUGAAGAGGCUGUCUUACUCCUGGUAUCAGAAGGUCAAGUUGUCCUUUCAGCCUCUGGAUGACAUCAGACGCUACUAUGGUGAGGGUCAGGCGCUCUACUUUGGCUUCCUGGAGUACUUCACCUUCGCCCUGGUGCCUAUGGCUCUCAUUGGCGUGCCUUACUACCUGUUUGACUGGGAGAACUACGACAAAUACGUCGUCUUCGCUGUGUUCAACUUGGUCUGGUGCACCGUUAUCCUGGAGUUAUGGAAGCGCUUCAGCACGUCUCUAGCCUACAGCUGGGGCACGCUGAGCAGGAAGAAGGCCUUUGAAGAGCCGCGGCCCGGGUUCCACGGCGUGCUGGGCUUCAACCCGGUGACGGGCCGCGAGGAGCCCCUCGACUCCAACACCAAGAGGCAGCUGCGCGUCUACCUGGUGUCGCUGCCCUUCGUGCUGCUCUGCCUCUACCUGUCGCUCUACGUCAUGAUGAUCUACUUUCUGAUGGAGGGCUGGGUGCUGUCCGUCCACGACGAGGAGCCCACCUUCUGGACGGGGGUCCUGCUGUUCAUCCCCAGUAUUAUCUAUGCUGUCGUCAUAGAGAUCAUGAACCUGGUCUACAGAUAUGCUGCUGAGUUCCUCACUGAGUGGGAGAACCACAGGCUGGAGUCUUCCUAUCAGAAUCAGCUGGUCCUCAAAGUAUUAGUCUUCAACUUCUUCAACUGCUUCGCCUCGCUCUUCUACAUCGCCUUCGCGAUGCAAGACAUGGCGCUGCUCAGGCAGAGUCUGGCCACAUUGUUGAUCACCAGUCAGAUCCUGAAUCAGUUCAUGGAGGCCUUCCUGCCCUACUGGCUCCAGAGGAGACGCAACAAGAAGAUGAUGCGUAAGGUCCAGAAGAGAAAAGCCGUGGCUGCGGCAGAGCUGCCUCUGGCUGAGCAGGUCCGGCUGGAGGCUGACAUGAGCACCUACUUGGGCACCUUCGACGACUACCUGGAGCUGUUCCUGCUGUUUGGAUACGUCAGUCUGUUCUCCUGCGUCUACCCUCUGGCUGCUGUGCUGGUGGUGCUGAACAACAUCACAGAGGUGUACUCUGAUGCCUUCAAGAUGUGCUGCGUGUUCAAACGGCCCUUCUCUGAGCCGGCAGCCAACAUCGGAGUCUGGCAGCUAGCCUUUGAGGCUAUGAGCGUGAUCGCCGUGGUGACCAACUGCUCUCUGAUCGGCAUGUCUCCACAAGUCAAGGCUUACUUCCCCGAGUCAGAGAUGCAGCUCAUACUGUGGACGGUGGCUAUUGAGCACGGGCUGUUGGCCUUCAAGUUCAUCCUGUCCUUCAUCAUCCCAGACGUCCCCAAACACAUCCAGAUCAAGCUGUCCCGUCUGGAGUUCGAAUCCCUGGAGGCGCUCAAGAAAAAGAGGCAGCUCUAUGUAGGAAAAUGCUUGAAGCCUCGGAGCUCACAAAGGGGAUCCAGUGAGGAGAAAAGGAGGUGAAGAGGAGAGGAGGAGAGGAGGCGAGGAGAAGAGGAGGAGCUAAUGGAACCUACGCCUGCCUUCGCUGCACACAGCUUUAACACAUCACUCCCUCAUGUAUGUUUCUUACGCUGCUUAUAUGCACAGCAUCGCUGGAUGGAAACACUAUCUGUAAUCUCUUUUCAUAUUACAGCAUUAACGGUUUAUUUUGGGGUGGUGUACACAAUGGUAUAAAUGGUUUAGAAAUCCCAAAGGAAUGCUGCAAUAUUAAUUAAUACUGGCCUUUGGGAUUAUGCAAAUGUUAAAAUGUGUCAUCUAACUAUGAGUUGAAGGGUGAGGGUGUAAACACAUGAAAGCAAAGGUUCAGGGUUAAAGCUCAUCGGGAGGCAAAACGUGGCCCAAAAGAUUCUAAUAAGCGAUCAAACUCAUCAUUUCAAUGUUAUGUAAUUACUACUGGGGUGGGAUGUCCCUCACAAAAUUGCAAAAUUAAAGACUCAUAAAUUAAGAUAGAACAUUCUAUUGUCCAAAAAUAUAUAUUUUGUUACUCAGAUGCUGGUUGGAGCUUUAAAUCUAAAUGUUUGACUUUGAAGUUGCUAUCUUGGAAAAUAAACCAUAUAAAUUCAGAUUUUGAAAUAUAAAUGUUUACUUCCCUUAAAUCAAUGUUUAUUAGAUUUCAAACUGACAUGUUAUGUAGGGAUUAAAUCCCACUAUUCAGUAUUCAGAUGCUUGUAAACAUAAUGCUUCCCAGACUGACAAGGACAGAUGUAGCUGUGUUGGGCUCAGCAUGUUACCUCAGGUGAAGAUGAGCACUCAGUGCCUUGAAAUGCAACGCCUAUCUCAAUGUGUGUUUGUGUGCUCUGGUAUUUACAUGUUCUACUGUAUUUAAGUGUUGAUGGGGAAUAAAGCAGAUCAAAGCUUCUACAGAAGGAAAUGAAA